AAAGCCGCCAAGUGAGUCCACGUGAUGGCCCAAGCCCCAUCAGUGACGCGUGAGCGACAAAAUCAGGUUUGCUCUGCCCGCCCUCUACACUACAGCGCCGGUAAGCGCGCCGGUGACCCGCACUCAAAAUGGCGACGGCGGCGUCAGCGGCUUUCUGCCCUUCUCCAUCAUGGCGGCGACCAAACUCGCCUCUUGGGGCGCAAGAGUCAUGUGACCCACACAAUGGCUGAGCGCCUACUCGAGGGUCCCCGGCAACGCCGAGGGCAAGUCAUGACGGCCGCUGCGGGUUCGGCGUGCCGCGCCGCGCUGCCCCUGCUGCUGGGCACACUGCUGGCGCCCGGCGGCGCGUACGUACUCGACGACUCCGACGGGCUGGGCCGGGAGUUCGACGGCAUCGGCGCGGUCAGCGGCGGCGGGGCAACCUCCCGACUUCUAGUAAAUUAUCCAGAGCCCUAUCGUUCUCAAAUAUUGGAUUAUCUCUUUAAGCCAAACUUUGGUGCUUCUCUGCAUAUUCUGAAAGUUGAAAUAGGUGGUGAUGGGCAGACAACAGAUGGCACUGAACCCUCCCACAUGCACUAUGCGCUUGAUGAGAAUUACUUCCGAGGAUAUGAGUGGUGGUUGAUGAAGGAAGCUAAGAAGAGGAACCCUAAUAUUACACUCAUUGGGUUGCCGUGGUCUUUCCCUGGAUGGCUGGGAAAAGGUUUCAACUGGCCUUACGUAAACCUGGAGCUCACUGCCUACUAUGUCGUCACCUGGAUUGCGGGUGCCAAGCAUUAUCACGACCUGGACAUUGAUUAUGUUGGAAUUUGGAACGAGAGGGCAUUUGACAUCAAUUAUAUCAAGGUGUUAAGAAAAAUGCUGAACUAUCAAGGAUUCCAGAAAGUGAAAAUCAUAGCAAGUGAUAAUCUCUGGGAGCCUAUUUCUGCUUCCAUGCUGCUUGACUCUGAACUCUUGAAGGUGAUUGAUGUAAUAGGGGCUCAUUAUCCUGGGACCUAUUCAGUAAGAGAUGCAAAGUUGACUGGGAAGAAGCUUUGGUCAUCUGAAGAUUUUAGCACUUUAAAUAGUGACGUGGGUGCAGGCUGCUGGGGUCGCAUAUUGAAUCAGAAUUACAUCAAUGGCUAUAUGACUUCCACAAUUGCUUGGAAUUUGGUGGCUAGCUACUACGAACAGCUGCCUUAUGGUCGAUGUGGAUUGCUGACUGCCCAGGAGCCAUGGAGUGGACACUAUGUGGUAGAAUCUCCUAUCUGGGUAUCAGCUCACACUACUCAGUUUACCCAACCAGGUUGGUAUUACCUGAAGACAGUUGGCCAUUUAACGAAAGGAGGAAGCUACGUAGCUCUGACAGAUGGCUUAGGUAACCUCACCAUCAUCAUUGAAACUAUGAGUCACAAACACUCUAUGUGUAUACGGCCGUUUCUUCCUUAUUUCAAUGUGUCACAACAACUCGCGACCUUUGUCCUUAAGGGGUCUUUUAGUGAAAUACCAGAGCUACAGGUGUGGUACACCAAACUUGCAAAAUCAUCUGAGAGAGUUCUUUUUAAACAACUGGAUUCUCUAUGGCUCCUUGACAGUGGGGGCACUUUCACACUGGAACUGGGAGAGGAUGAACUGUUCACACUCACCACUCUUACUACAGGUCGCAAAGGCAGCUACUCACUUCCUCCCAAAUCUCAGCCCUUCCCACUUUCCUAUAAGGAUGAUUUCAAUGUCGAUUACCCGUUUUUUAGUGAAGCUCCAAAUUUUGCUGAUCAAACUGGUGUAUUUGAAUACUUUAUGAAUAUCGAAGACCCUGGGGAACAUCGCUUCACACUGCGCCAAGUUCUCAAUCAGCGCCCCAUAACUUGGGCUGCGGACGCAUCCAACACGAUCAGCAUCAUAGGAGAUUACAAAUGGACCAACAUGACUAUAAAGUGUGAUGUUUACAUAGAGACCCCUGAGACUGGAGGUGUGUUCAUUGCGGGAAGAGUAAAUAAAGGGGGUAUUAUUAUUAGAAGUGCCAGAGGAGUUUUCUUCUGGAUUUUUGCAAAUGGAUCUUACAGAGUUACAGGUGAUUUGGCUGGAUGGAUUGUAUAUUCUAUAGGACGUGUUGAAGUUACAGCAAAAAAAUGGUAUACACUCACAUUAACUAUUAAGGGUUAUUUCUGCUCUGGCAAGUUGAAUGACAAGUCUCUGUGGACAGACAUCCUCGUGCCUUUCCCGAAGAAUGGCUGGGCUGCAAUCGGAACUCACUCCUUUGAAUUUGCACAGUUUGACAACUUUCACGUGGAAGCUGCGCGCUAAUACUCAUGGAGGAUCAUAGGAAACUCUUUGGAUAGUCUUUCUUUCUUUUUAGUUUUGAUUCAGAGCCAGUUACUGUGCUAAUGAACUGAUAUCUGAGCCUUUGGAGGCUAAAAAUAAUGGAGAGUAAGUGAGGAGGAAAAUAUAUUUUUCUCUGACCCUGUGGAAUAUAUAUUUUUGGACUAAUUCGAAGGGGAGAGACAGGUGAAUCUUUAACAUGACCUGAUCUGUCCCCUAAAGUUCUAACUCUGCAUUGGUCCUCUGCUUAGGAGUGGCCUGGGUGGCUCAAACCUCAGAGCGUUGGUGCCAGUACUGAGGCAGCUCUGCCACCGUAUUCGCAAGUGAUCGUGCAGAGGGCAGUAACUCGGUCAUCACGAGAUGCGUUUAUGAUUGCUGACCUUGGGUCCAGGGGAGCCGGUGGUGCCGCCAGACAGGAAAGCAAAGAACCCUGCAAGUGCUGCUUUUUGAAAACCACUUCAACAUGUCAUCCUAACACUCCAGACAUAGGUGUUUCUCUUACUUUUUAAGAUGAUACUUUUCAGUUGUAGUAUGUAUGAGUGGGUGCUUUGAAAAAUGUCUCAUUAAUUAAGUACCUCUGAAGCUUUUUCUGCAGUAAUAAAUGUUAGCAGAGUAAUUGGGUUAUUUGCAUUCUUUAAUUCUUUUGAUUCAACUUUUAGACUUGUAACGCAUAUCACUCUGUGAAUGCUUUCCCAGGUGGCUGGAAGAAGCAAGAAAGUUUGGUACAGUCCAUGCUGUAAGUGGGUCUAGAGACAAAGUUGUAGCAAUUUUCCCGUGUCCCAUUUCAUUGUGCCUUUGAGGUCUGUUCUCACACGCGCAGUGUUAACAGACCAUGACAGCUAAAUGAAUGCGCUUCUGCGGAAGGAGUGGCCCCUUAGUCACUUACUAGCUCACAGAAUUGGGACAGCUCCUAAUGUUUUGUAUGAUUAGAGGUACAUACUUUUUAAAUGUCCAAGUGUGUUUUUAUUUAAAUAUGGAUAAGUGUGUUUCUCAUAUAGUGUGACUUAUCUCUAUGCAUUAAUGUAGCUCUUAGAAAACAAAUCAAUGUUCACCUGUUGAAAUAUUCACUUUGUAAGCUAAAUAAUGUGAUUGAAUGUAUUAAAAGAAAAUGAAAUUAAAAAAGAAAAAAAGAGAAUGUAUAAAAAAAUAAAAUAAUUAUAUAAUAAUAAAAACAACCAAAAAACAAAUCAAUUAUGUAAAGUGAAUUCUGAAAUUCUUCUUAAGGAAAGAAUUAUUCACUGAACUAAUUCUACUGUUUAGGAGUUUGCAUUUAGUCUAACAAAAGCUAAGCCACAAUGAAGUUUUGAAUAAUUUUCGAAGACAAGGAACUAAAUUACUAAAAUAAAUUGCAACCAAGCCUAAGUGGUUUGCAAUUCAGAUCUCUAAAUAUUUUUUAAAACUAACAUUUUAGAGGUAUAAUUUAUGUACAAUAAAAUGUUUCCUUUCCAAGUACAUGCACAGCUCCAUGAGGUUUGGUCAAUGGAGGUAGCAAUGUAAUCAACACUAGUCAAACCACAGAAUACCCUAGGGAACGUUCCUGGUAUUCCCGGAAGUACUGAGUCCCCUCACUACCAACCUCAGGCAAACAUCGAUAUGAUUUCCAUCAUUUCAGAUUAGUUUUCUUUGUUCUAAAAUAUCAUAAAAGUGGUGUCAUAUACUAUAUAUUGUUGUGGGUGGUUUCUUUUAGUCAGUGUAAUGCUUUUGAGAGUUAUCCGUGUUAUAUGUAUUUUUUAGGUAUUUAUUUUUUGAGAGAGAGAUACAGAACCACUGGCAGGGUCCUAAUGCUGCGAUCCACCCCCAGCUUCACUCAACUCAGAUGUCUCCAGCACACAUGUGCUCUGUGUACUCAAGGGGUUUUCCGCAUGCAAACUGGCAACCCUUCCCUGUGGGUCUCCCUUGCAGAGCGUCAUGUUCUAUCACUGAGCCACCACUGGUCCCUGCCUUUUCUUAGUUUUGAAACUAUAUGAUUAUACCACAAUUUGUCUCCCCUUCCCCAAUUUCUGGAAUUAUAAAUAAAACUGCUGUUAGCACUUAACAUGUAAAUCUU